GUUGUGGCUAUUGAUUUAUCUUGUUUUUUGGUCGCGCAGUCUCUCAGGCUGAUCAAUACUAGACAAUGGCGACGAGGCGCGUGGUUGUUGCCGGCGGGAAUGGAUUCCUGGGAUCUAGAAUCUGCAAGUCUGCCGUCGCGCGUGGCUGGUCGGUCACGUCUUUGAGUCGGUCCGGAGAACCUCGAUGGGAUACAGUAACAGAGUCCCCCGUACGCCCGAGCUGGGCCGAAUCCGUGGAAUGGGCCAAGGCGGACAUGCUUCGACCGGAAACCUACAAAUCUUUUCUCAGCGGAGCUACGGCAGUCGUACACAGCAUGGGGAUCCUUCUCGAGGCGGAUUAUAAAGGUGUGGUGCAGGGGAGAGAACCGAUCAUUAGCGGCUUACAAAGAGCGUUUUGCUCGUCAAAAUUGGGAAGCCAAAACCCUUUACAACGGAGAGAAGGGGAACCAUUGAAGCCCCAGGAGGGAAAUGGACAAUUGACGUAUGAGCUCAUGAAUAGGGAUUCGGCUAUCGCUUUAGCACAAGAAACCUCCCACGAGAAAGUCCCCACGUUUGUGUUCAUCUCAGCUGCCUCUGGAGCACCGGUUCUCCCGAGCAGAUACAUCACGACCAAGCGCGAAGCCGAAUCAGCUAUUGCAUCGCAACUCCCCGAACUAAGGAGUAUUUUCAUGCGGCCCCCGUUCAUGUACGACGCAAGCAGAAAAUUCACAUUGCCCAUCGCGCUUGGUGGCUUUAUCGGAUCGCAAGUCAACGCGCUGUUAGGUGACAGACUCAGCUUCCUCGGGACGAUGGUUGAUAAACCCUUCCAAGUGGACCUUGUGGGCGAGGCCACGCUUGAGGCAAUGGAAGAUGAGUCUGUGCACGGUGCAGUCAAUAGCAGGAAGAUAGAUGCUCUGUCCACGAGGGCUUGGCGGAAAAGUAUGCUUUGAAGUCGAUGAAGGUGGAGAUGAUCAAGAGUCGACGGCCGUGUGCAUCAGUCCCUCAGGCUAGAGAAACCAUGUGUUCUUCUACAUGACGACUUCAGGACCUCUGCUGUUUCAACCCCCC